CAGAGGCGUACCGCGAACGCGCAGCAGCAGAAACAGAUCAGACAGCAGGUCGGUCGGUGUCGGUGAGAAACAGAAACAGACCACACUAACAAAAGUACCGGCGGCGGUAAAACAAAAAAAACGGCAGACCUGAGCCUUUCUGUGGCGGUGGUUUCUUCUCCUGUGGACUAACGUUACCGGGGAACUUUUUAUUCAACAGUUAAACGGACGUUAGAGGGUCAGAAAAGGCUGCUGUAGUCCACCACCAUGUCGGGCAGCAGGGAGGAGGAGAGGAGGAAACUAGCCGACAUCAUCAACCACUGGAACGCAAACCGGCUCGACCUGUUCGAGAUCAGCCGGCCCACAGAGGACUUGGAGUUCCAUGGCGUGAUGCGGUUCUACUUCCAGGACCGGGUUGCCGGUAACUUUGCCACGAAGUGCAUCAGAGUGUCCAGCACAGCGACAACGCAGGACGUCAUCGAGACGUUAGCGGAGAAGUUCAGACCAGACAUGAGGAUGCUCUCCUCGCCAAAAUACUCCCUGUAUGAGGUCCAUGUCAGUGGCGAGCGUCAGCUGGACCUGGACGAGAAGCCUCUUGUUGUUCAGCUGAACUGGAACAAAGACGACAGAGAAGGACGCUUUGUCCUGAAGAACGAGAACGACAUCCUUCCCAAGAAGAGUCAGAGUAAUGGUCCAGAUAAGGAGAAGGAUGGAGUGAUCCAGAACUUCAAGAGGACUUUGUCCAAGAAGGAGAAGAAGAAGGAAAAGAAGAGGGAGAAGGAGUUCGCCCGGAUCCCCGAUGGAGAUGAGCACGGGCUCGGCCGGGAGGACGGGGAAAAUAACCGGCUUGCAGCAGAGGUUUACAAGGACAUGCCGGAGACCAGCUUCACCAGGACGAUCUCCAACCCAGAGGUGGUGAUGAAGAGGAGACGCCAGCAGAAACUGGAGAAACGCAUGCAGGAGUUCAUGAGCAGCGAUGGGAGGCCCGACUCAGGAGGCACUUUGCGGAUAUACGCUGAUAGUCUGAAGCCCAACAUCCCAUAUAAAACCAUCCUGCUCUCCACAAGAGACACGGCCGACUUUGCUGUGGUGGAGGCGCUGGAGAAGUACGGGCUGGAAAAGGAGAACCCCAGAGAGUACUGCAUCGCCCGGCAAGAUGAUAAGUCGGGCAAGGAGGCGAUUCUGGACGAUGCUGAGUGUCCACUUCAGAUCUUCAGAGACUGGCCAGCUGACAGAGGAGCGUUAGUGUUCCAGCUGAAGAAGAGACCCCCCGACUACCAGGGAAGGAAGGGAAGGAAAGUGGACGACAAAGGCCUGCGAGCGAAGGAGGGCAGCAGCAGCUCCCUGCCGCCCGAGAAACUGCCUUACCUGGUGGAGCUGAGCCCAGGGCGAGGGAAUCACUAUGCCUACUACGCCUAUCGGCACCACGAAGACGGGUCUGACUCACGGGACAAACCAAAGCUGUACCGGCUCCAGCACAGCAUCACCGAGGUCGGCUCAGACUGCACAGAGGACGGAGCCAUCCAGCUGCUCGGUCCGGGUAUCCUGCCCCACCACUGCAACCUCAUGCACAGUGAAGGCAUGGUGACCGUGACGCCGCACGGCCCCGACGCCGACACCUUUGUCGACGGGCAACGAAUCCAAGAGACGACGGUGCUGCGCUCGGGUUCCACCCUCCAGUUCGGUUCUGCGCACGUCUUCAAGUUCGUGGACCCGAUGUUCGACCAGGGAGGAAAGAGAGAACCGGCCGCCAUGAUGAGGGGCCGACACAAGUCUGGCAGUGUACCAGAAACCACCUUCGACCUUCACGGAGACGUCCACAGUGGAGCUGCUCUGCCCACCAGCAAGAGCUCAGGGAAGCUGGAGAUGGAGAGAGGCAUGGUCAAACCCAUGAUCAGAGGAGAGCAGCAGGACAGCAGGUCUCAGGACAUUUCAGCAGACAGAACAGAGUUGACUCUGCCAGCCGGCAUCGAGUUCAGAGACAACUCUGAAGACACCUUCCUGUCGGCCAUCAUCAACUACACCAACAGCUCCACGGUCCACUUCAAACUCUCGCCCACUUACGUCCUGUACAUGGCCUGCCGCUACGUCCUGUCGCCGACUUACCGGCCCGACAUGUCGCCAUCUGAGAGGACGCACAAGGUCAUCGCCAUCGUCAACAAGAUGGUGAGCAUGAUGGAGGGCGUCAUCCAGGAGAUUCCUGAAGGGGAUCAGAAGCAGAAGAACAUCGCAGGAGCGCUGGCUUUCUGGAUGGCCAACGCCUCCGAGCUGCUCAACUUCAUCAAGCAGGACCGAGACCUGAGUCGCGUCACGCUGGACGCCCAGGACAUCCUCGCCCAUCUGGUCCAGAUGGCUUUCAAGUACCUGGUCCACUGUCUCCAGGCUGAUCUCAACAACUACAUGCCUGCCUUCAUGGACGACCCCGAGGAGCAUAAUCCACAGAGACCCAAGAUCGAGGACGUCCUGCACACCCUGACGGGGGCGAUGUCGUUGCUUCGGCGGUGUCGAGUCAAUGCCGCCCUGACCAUCCAGCUCUUCUCGCAGCUCUUCCACUUCAUCAACAUGUGGCUCUUCAACAAGCUGGUGACGGACACCGAGUCGGGGCUGUGCUGCCACUACUGGGGGGCCAUCCUCCGGCAGCAGCUCAGCCACAUCGAGGCCUGGGCGGAGAAACAGGGUCUGGAGCUCGCCGCUGACUGCCACCUCAGUCGAAUUGUACAGGCCACCACCCUGCUGACCAUGGACAAAUACUCCAUGCAGGAUGUGGAGACCAUCCACAACACCUGCUUUAAGCUCAACUCCCUGCAGCUCCACGCCCUCAUGACCAACUACCACUGUGCUCCAGACGAGCCUUACAUCCCGCCUGAGCUGACAGACCACGUGGUGGCGGUGGCAGAGAACACAGCAGAUGAGCUGGCGAGGAGUGACGGGAGAGAGGUUCAGCUGGAGGAGGAUCCCGACCUCCAGCUGCCCUUCCUCCUUCCUGAGGACGGCUACUCCUGCGACGUGGUGCGCAGCCUCCCCAACGGCCUGCAGGACUUCCUGGAGCCGCUGCUGCAGAGAGGUUUCUGUAGGUUAGUACCCCACGCCCGAGCACCUGGUACCUGGACCGUCCACUUUGAAGGAGCUGACUGCGACAGCCACUUCUCUGCUGCUGACGCUUCUGAGAUGCCAAUGAGGAAAGACCCGGAGGUUGUCACGGUAACCCUGAAGAAGCACAACGGCAUGGGCCUCAGCAUCGUUGCUGCCAAGGGUGCCGGUCAGGAGAAGCUGGGCAUCUACAUCAAGUCUGUUGUCAAAGGAGGAGCUGCUGAUGUGGACGGUCGUCUGGCUGCAGGUGACCAGUUGUUGAGCGUGGAUGGACGCAGUCUGGUAGGCCUAUCACAAGAGAGGGCAGCAGAGCUGAUGACGAGAACAGGCUCAGUUGUAACUCUGGAGGUUGCCAAGCAGGGAGCCAUUUACCACGGACUGGCUACCCUCCUCAACCAGCCCAGCCCCAUGAUGCCAAGAGCAUCAGACCGAGGCCGUGACAAGAACGGGAAGCUGCGACCAAAGAGCGAAGGCUUUGAGUUGUACAACAACUCGGUGCAGAACGGCUCUCCGGAGAGCCCGCAGGCCGGCUGGGAUUCUUACCCCGAACCAAAGAAGAUGAGUGGUGAAGAACGACUUCUGAAGAACCGAGCCGACCACCGCUCCAGCCCCAACGUAGCCAAUCAGGGCCAGAGUCCUGCAGGAAAAGUGGUUUACCCCGGAGGACCUGGCACUAAGAUCACCUCCGUCUCCACCGGCAACCUGUGUGCAGACGAUGAGCCCUCCCCUCCCCGUCCAGAGGCCUACCCCAUCCCCACCCAGACCUACCCCAGGGAGUACUUCACCAUCCCGGCCUCGAAGAGCCAGGACCGGGUUUCGGUCCUGGGCAGGGGCCCCCCCCAGCACUGGCAGGGCAUGGAGGACAGAGAACGCCUCCCUGUGGUCGAUAACAUCCACAGCAACAGCAUGCAGCGGAUUAACCACUCCCAGGAGGAGUUGUACCCUCCACCAGGAAGUCUGAGGCCAGACGAACGCAUGCAGCAGCACUACCAGCAGGACUACCAGCUCCGGGAGCUGGACUACCAACACAGAGAUAUGGACUACCAGCGAGGUCCACCGGGAGGUCCUGACCACUGGGCCCCUCAGCCCCAGGUGUCCUCCUCAUUGGAGUCAUCCACGUCCAGCCAGGAGCAUCUCAACUUCUCAGCCUCCUCCUCCUCCUCCAACAAGACCCCGAACCAGAAGACCGGGCCGGGCCGAUGGAAGACACCCAACGCCCCCCAUGCUGCGCCGCCGCAUUCGGCCCAGACGCCAUCCCGCUCCGACCUGCCCCCUCCUCCGCCCCCACCACCGGCUCCUUACCCUGACGCCUACGACGCCUAUGAACCCCAACCUGAGCUACCACUCCCGCCACCUCCUGCUGCCGUCAAUCCCGUAACAGCCCAGCAGGCUGCGGACCGCAAGAAACGAGAGGAACAACAACGUUGGUAUGAGAAGGAGAAAGCUCGGCUGGAGGAAGAGAGGGAGAGGAAGAGGAGAGAGCAGGAGAGGAAGCUGGGUCAGAUCCGGGCCAACCCCGUCAUGCCCGUCCAACCUCACAACAACGGAGGAUCCAUGCCUCCUCCUCACCACCAGCCCCCUCUGCCCUCUGUGACCCCUCCCCAGCCCUACCUCCCCCCACAGCCUCAGCCCCAGCUGCCCCCAUCCAGACCGGAGAAGCUGGCCACCCUGCCGCGGUCAGCGGUUCCUCCCCCCGCCAGUGCCUCCAACCCUGGCAUGGACACAGUGAUCAGGGAGCUGUUACCGCAGCAGCAGCCACGGACCAUCGAGAGGCGAGACCUGCAAUACAUCACCAUCAGUAAGGAGGAGCUAACGUCCAGCGACAGUCUGUCUCCAGAUCCCUGGAAACGAGACGCCCGUGAAAAGGCUGAGAAACAGCAGCAGCUUCACAUCGUCGACCUGCUGGACAAGGAGAUCCAGGAGCUCCAGUCGAAACCGGAGCGAACGGCGGAGGAGAGCGACCGCUUGAGGAAGCUGAUGCUGGAGUGGCAAUUCCAGAAACGACUGCAGGAGUCCAAGCAUAGCGACGAGGACGAGGAGGAGGAGGAUGACGAGGACGUGGACACCAUGAUGAUCAUGCAGAGGCUGGAGGCAGAGAAGAGAGCCAGGUUGCAGGACGAGGAGCGACGGCGUAAGCAGCAGCUGGAGGAGAUUCGUAAGCGGGAGGCGGAGGAGCGAGCAAAGCAGGAGGAGGAGAGGAAGUGGAGGGACGCGGGCAAUCGCGAGGCCGGGGAGAAGAGGAGACAGGAGGAGGAGUACUACACUCGCCUGGAGGCCGAGCGGCGCCGGCAGCACGAGGAGGCCGAGAGAAAGCUGCUGACGCCUGACGACCCGGCCGGUCUGUACCGACCCCCGCUGCCCCGGGAUUACCAACCCCCCGCCCCCCACAACCCUACUAACACCCCCCCGCCCCCCCCACAGAGAAACACCUCCUACCUCAAAACCCAGGUCGCCUCCCCCGACACGCUCUACACCGCCAAGUUUGUCUCCUACGCGGGCGAUGAGGAAGACGAGGAGGAAGCCACCAAAGCAGGGAGUGGCGGCGGCAUUCAAUCAGGUCAGGUGAAGCUAUCGGCGACCAGGAAGUCGUACGGCGACCUCCCGGCCUCCGCCUCACACAGCAAGCCUCAGCCGCCGCCCACUGCGCGCAAGCCCCGCCCUCUUUCUGACGGCAUCUUCCUGUCUAGCUCGUUCCAGCUGCCAGUCAACAACUCCAACAGUACAGGUCCCCCCCUUCCUGCCAAACCCAGCUCCAUCCCCCCAGGAGGCUUUAAAGGAUUUAACUCGUACACUGGAAACUCAGCAGGAGUUGUAGGAACAGGAGAAGUCUACAACGACCCGCGAGACAAAUGGACAAAGAGUCAGGAGCAGGAGAAUUCGAUCCCCGGCGGCGCUCCUCCAGAGAGUCUGACCUUCAAGGAGCGCCAGCGUCUCUUCUCUCAGGGGAAGGAGGUUUCCAACAAGGUCAAAGCUUCACGCAAACUCAUGGAGCUGGAGAACGAGCUCAACACCAAGUAGUCGACCCGAGCCUUUCACCUUCCAGCGCCACCUUAACGACGACAUCUCCAAGGUAACAUUAAGGUGCUCCUGGAACAAGAACCGGGUUCGAGAGAGAGUCGUCACCCGCUUCCCCACCACUGACUGUCUCCUCCUGUUUGUGUUGUUUUCCCCCUUUUAUUUUAAUCUUUGAAUAACUGGACCAUUCACUUUUUUGACGUAGCUAUAUCGUUGCAAUAGGAGAGACAUUUAUGGCUUAAAACUUUUCUUCCCCUCGUUAAUGUCUGUCAAAGAUAUAUAAUGAUAAAGCACUGUAAAAAAGUUGUAAUUGUAUCUAGUGAGAAUUUGAGAAUCACACGACAAAGGGGGAUAUAUUUUUGUUUAUAAAAUGGUUCUUGGGGCGAGGGGAUGGAGAAAGGUUUAUUCUCAUUUUAAGUUUUUUUUGUUUUUUUUAAAUAGCUCACUGAAAUAUGAACAAUUUUAUGGUGUUAUUUUAAUGCUCUUUUUCUGCAUCAUGUUGUUUUCACACUUUUAAUUGCCAGCAGAAAUGCCCACGGUUGAGCUCCAGACCAAUCUUCAUUUUCUUGUUUUUUUUUAAAUUAAAUUCUCAGUGAGUGGAAACACUGUUAUUUCAUUCCGUAGCAAGAAAGCAUGGGAUUUUUUUCUUUGUGAUGUUUUAGAUAAACUCUGAAAGAUUCUCCAGAGGAGAAUCCUACAGUCUGGAGAAGGAUCUUUAAGUGCACAACAUUACUGUAAAUAUUUGGGUCCACAACUGUCUCACUCUUUUACUACUGUAGAAACCUGCCAAGCUACUAAAAACUGCAGAACUAAUGUGAUUUAACAGCAUUUUGGUGACAGAAAAAUCCAACAGGAAGUACUGCUAAAACUGUACCGUCUCCCUGCUGCUCCUCAUGGUCAGUGGAGUUCAAUUUUUUUUAAGUGUUUCGCCCCAAUAUGAGGUAAUUUUAUUUUAAAACUAUUAGUCAUUUUUUGCAGUUGUGUGAGAUUAAUUUGAUUGUACCUUAAAUUCAAACCAGAAAUAGGAUUUCUUUCACUCACAAUGUGAUUAAUGUUGGUUUUCACAAUU